AUGGCCGCCCAGCUCCUCAGCACGAACAACGAGCCACCGACAAAAAUCCAGGCGACCGAGGAACCGCUGGAGAAGCCGACGCGGCCGCCGCCGCCGAGCCCCGUCAAGAACGAUUACAAGCUGGUCUGGGCCGACGAGUUCGAUUACGAAGGGCUCCCCCAUCCCAAGCGCUGGGGCUACCAGGUCGAGGCGAACAACUGGGUCCACGACCGGAACCAUAAUGAACAACAGUGGUACAUGGCGUCUCGCAGGGAGAACUCCUACGUGAGCGGUGGCACGCUCAAAAUCAUCGCCAGACGGGAGGACUGGAUCGGGAAACCCUAUACCUCCGCUAGAAUACGGACGCGGGGCAAGGGAGAUUGGGUCUACGGCAAGCUUUUGGUGAGAGCCAAACUCCCGGCGGGCAAGCCGGGCAUCUGGCCGGCCAUCUGGAUGAUGCCCACCGAUCAAAAAUACGGGAGCUGGCCGAACAGCGGCGAGAUCGACGUCAUGGAGAACGUGGGCUGGGCGCCCGGGGUGAUCCACAAUUCGGUGCACACGGGCGCCUUCAACCAUCGGCUGCGGUCGCAUAAGCACGCUGAAGUUGUUGUUGAUGAUGCGCACAGCGCCUUCCACGUCUACGGCGUCGAGUGGGACGAGGACUCGAUCAAAUAUAGCAUAGACGGCCAGCAGACCUUUGAAUUUGUCAAUACGAAGAGCGGGAACCCCGCCGAGUGGCCGUUCUCGCAGCGCUUCCAUCUCAUUCUCAAUGUGGCCGUCGGCGGAAAUUGGGGCGCGGCUCGCGGCUUGGACGACACGUGCUUACCGACAUGCAUGGAGGUCGACUACGUGCGGUUCUACCAGCGGGGCGCGGACAUCACGGACGCGCCGCCGCCGCCGCCCGGGGGAGCGCCGCCGCCCGUCGAGCUGCCGGGCGGCCAGUUCGUCGCGCCGCGGUCGCCGCCCAAGGGCUCGCCGGCGCGGCCGCCGCCGCCCGCGCGGCGGCCGCCCGCGCCGCCGCCGGGCGCGGCCCCGCCGGCGCAGCCCGUGGCGCCGCCGCCGCUGCCGCCGCCGACGUUCUAA